CAUCGGUAUCUUCAUUGCAAUGCAUAAUAAAGGCUGCAUCAAAAUUUUGUGGCAGGGGGACGUCGACGAAGACAAGUGAGAAGCAAUGGCCAGAUCAGCCUCCACUUGUACUUGAGCAGAGGCAGAGAAAGGAUGGCAGAGGCAUCCAUAGACAGUCAGCUGGAAUCUUUGUUCACCCGGCUGGAUGUUCAGCUGAAGAAGUCUCAGUUUAAGAAAGCUCUGAAGUUGGUGGAUGAGAUUCUUGCUAUCAGCCCUGGUGACAAAGAUGCAGUCCAGUCGAAAGUGGUAGCACUCAUCGAGCUAUCGAGGUUUGAGGAGGCUGUGGAUGCCAUUGACAGCAGCAAUGCAGCAGGAGAUUUCGAUUUUGAGAAGGCGUACUCCUUGUUCCGUCUGGGAAAUUUCACAGAUGCCCUGGCUGCCUUGCAAGCUGGCAGCACGAACCAGCUGGUCGCAAGGCUACAGCUUGAAGCCCAGCUGUACUAUCGGAUGGGUCGCAACGGCGAUGCCAUACGCAUCUACCAUCAGCUGUUCAAGGAUCACAAGAUUUCUUCCCUGGAGCUUCGGACAAAUGUGCUAGCAGCUUAUGUCAGCGGAGGCCGUGCACAUGAGGUGCCUGCCGUCAUGGAGGCUAUGAAGAUCAGCUCAAAGGACAGCUUUGAGAUUGCAUUCAACACAGCCUGCGGGCUUGUCGCUGCUGGCGACUUUGCGCUCGCUCAAAAGGAGCUUGAACAUGCAAGCCGGCUCGGACGAGAGACUCUAUUAGAUGAGGAGCUGACAGAGGAGCAAGUGGAGGAGGAGCUGGCACCAGUCACAGUGCAGCUAGCAUACACAGCAGCGCAGCUGGGCCGGACUGCAGAGGCCCUAUCAACAUAUGAGGGAAUUGUGAAGGACGGGGUGGAAGAUGAUGCAGUCACUGCUGUUGCAAGCAACAACUGGGUGGCUGAACGCCUGGCUUCAGAGGGAGAUGCAGCUCCGAAGAAGCUCGCUGCAGAGCUGCUCAAAAAGUUUGAGGGCUUCUUCGAAAAGGGCCGCGAACUGCGCAUGAAAGCGACAUUGGAGAGGCGACUAUCACAAGCCCAGAAGGAGGUCAUGUAUGCAAAUUAUGCCCUGCUGCUGAUGUUGGCCGGCCGAAACGAUGCAGCGCGCGAAUGCACUACCUUCCUGCAGACCUGGGCUCCCGAGUCAGAGCACGUGCUGCUGGCUGUGGCGGCCAUGCUGGCUCGUGAUGGGAAGGUGGAGGACGCAACUUCUCUGCUGGCCUCAUCAUCUGCAACUGCCUGUGCAGUGACAAGGGCACAGCUGGCAAUUGGAGCUGGCGACACGCAGCAGGCAUCACAGGCCCUGCAACAAGUGGGAGAUGCGGCAUGGCUCAAGCGGCCCGCUGUUGUGGCCACGCAAGUUGACUUCCUGGAGGCAACGGAUGACGUCGACAGUGCGCGCAAGCUUCUGCAGGACGCCAUCGCUGCGCAAGGAGCCAGCAAGGCCAAGCCUGGCAAGGAGGGAGCGGGUGCAGAGGCAUAUUUGUUCCAGAGCCUGGCUAAGCUCCAGCUGAAGGCAGGGGAGAUUGCGGAGGCGGUGAAGAGCUAUGAGCAGGCGGUAAAGCUGUCUGGCAAGAGCGCGCCGGGCGUGUACAAGCUGAUGGGGCAGCUGGCGCGGCGCAGUGCGGCCGGCACCGGAGUGGAAGUGGCGCAGCUGGAGAGCAGCCUGCCCCCUGUCGACAGCCUGCCUGCCCACAAGAUCGACGAGCUUGAGGACGCAGCUGCAGGCAGCUGGGCGGCCAGGCGCAGAGCAGCAGAGGGGACAGCCCAGAAGGCGGGCGAGGAUGAUGCGCAGCGGCAAAAGAAGAAGCGCAAGCGCCGCGUGCGCCUGCCCAAGGACUUUGACACGGCCAACCCCGGGCCGAUGCCCAACCCCGAGCGCUGGAUGCCCAAGUGGCAGCGCUCCGACUUCAAGAAGAAGCGCACUCGCCGGAAGGACAAGGAGGCAGUCAAGGGCAGCCAGGGAGCCGGCAAGGUCGAUGAGGCCUUGGACAGGUCGAAUAUCAUGGCAGAUGCAGAUGUUGCUGAGAGCUCUGCUGCAGCGCCACGCGGAGGAGGCCCUCAGCGGAAUAAGAAGAAGGGCCGCCGGUAGAAUAGCACUCCCGCAUUUGGAUUUGUCAAUCCUAGUGGUCAUGGAUGGUCAGAGAAAAGCCAAAGUGCAGGGGAUCUGUGACAUCAUAGCACUACACCACUCGCUAGUUCACUCGCGUUUAAUGUUUAUAGUGAGUCACAGUAUACUUGGCGUGUGGAACACAUAGGAGGAAUAAAAGUUCUAUGACAAAACUGAUUUUAUCGUUGUGAUCGUGCAAGGCUUUUGUAAGGCAGCUAUAUCCGCCUUAGCUGGGUAGCAAAAUGUUGUACGCACAUUGUUUUGGCUGACUGGACUCGUGCAUGCGUGGCAUGUCACUGUUGCUGGCACCAAUCAAGCUUUUGUGAGUAAUCAAGAAUGUCACC